UUCUUCUUCUCCAUCCUCUCUUCAUUCAGUUAAAUUUUACACGAUGAAGUUUUCCCAUUCACUGCAAUUCAAUGCAGUGCCUGACUGGAUUGAUAAAUAUGUCGCCUAUGAUCACCUCAAAAAAUUGAUUUUUCAAAUUGAGAAGGAACGUGUCGAGUCCGCGAAUUACCAAGGAGAUCCGGAAAAGAAGCCAGAAACAACCGACGAGAAUGUGUUUCUCAACGAACUUGAUUUGCAGCUCGAGAAAAUCUUUGAUUUCUAUACUCAAAAGGAGUACGAACUGUACAGCUCUCUGGACCAUAUCGAAUCAAGCCUGUCUAUGCAUAAUAAUAAGCAUACUUUAUACCCUGGUAUUGUCGAGCAUGAACCCCUUGAAAAUUUGGAUUCCACGCUCCACCUGCCUGUCACGGCCAAACCGACCAUUCUAGAUGACAAAUUACCCAACAAACGCAGGAUGUCGAUUGAAUCCCGGCUAACCACGCAUACCAACGAAGAGCAUAUCCGGUUCGAACAACUAUUUGAUCUCCGUACGCAAUUAAUAUCUCUCUACGUUUCCCUUUCCGAACUUGAAUCCUAUAUCGAUUUGAACCGAAGCGCAUUUGCCAAAAUUCUCAAGAAACACGACAAAGUCCUCGACGGUGAUUUGCGUGACCAAUACCUGAAGAAGAUGGUGCUUGACUCUCGACCUUUUAUGCCCCAGACAACCGAUAUGCUGCGUUCCCAGAUCGAACGUGUGGAACGUAUCUACGCCGAUGCUUUCUGCAACGGACAUGUGCAGAUCGCUAUCCGACAGAUGAAGACCCAUCUCCGUGACCAGAUUACCUAUGAUCGCAACACCGUCUGGAAAGACAUGGUGAGCCAAGAGCGCAAAACACUCGAUGCUCAUGUCAAAGACGCCAAACCACCGAAAUCGUACAAGCUCCCAUUCGUCUCGGCCUAUGUGCGUGCUGAAAUAUUGCGUUGCAUUCUCUGUUUCCUGUUCUCGAUCGUCGUUUUCAUCAUUCUUCUCAAUGUCAACACCUUUGGUACCAAGCAAGAAAACUAUUGCUUCGCUCUACUCAUUUUCGCUGCCAUUAUGUGGGCGACGGAAGCGAUUCCGCUGUAUGCAACCUCCCUCCUGAUUCCUUUCCUUAUUGUUCCCAUGGGAAUUCUCAGGACCGCCGACGGAGCACAAAUGGCUGCCAAAGCGGCCGCCAAAUCAGUGUUUGCAUCCAUGUUCAGCGGAACGAUUAUGAUGCUUCUGGGUGGGUUUGCUCUUGCAGCCGCACUUUCAAAAUACGGUAUUGCCAAAGCUUUCGCUUCCCAUGUGCUUUCCCGAGCCGGCACUCGACCUCGUUGGGUUCUUUUGGCCAUCAUGUGUGUCGCCGGGUUCUUGUCCAUGUGGAUCUCCAAUGUGGCGACGCCCGUUCUCUGCUUCUCGCUCAUCAACCCCAUUUUGCGCACCUUGCCUGAUAACUCACCGGUAGCCCCAUGCUUGAUCCUCGGUAUUGCUCUUGCCAGUUGCAUUGGUGGCAUGACUUCCCCCAUCUCAUCACCGCAGAAUAUCGUGACCUUGCAAUAUAUGAACCCUAAUCCUGGAUGGGGAAUUUGGUUCGCGGUGGCCUUGCCUAUUUCCAUCAUCUGUAUCUUUGUCUGCUGGGGCGUCCUGUUGCUUGUCUACCGUCCUGAUCGUGUCACUCCUCAGUUGAACAAAGUCAAGCCUACCAAAGAUCGAAUUACCAAAACGCAAGUCUACGUCAUGUUCAUCACAAUUCUUACUAUUGCUCUUUGGUGUGCGGAAACGGCCAUGGAAGAAUAUAUCGGUGACACGGGUGUCAUUGCUGCUGUGCCCUUAUUCAUGUUCUUUGGUACCGGUAUCUUGAGCAAAGAUGAUCUCCAUGGUUUCCUCUGGUCGGUCGUUGUCCUCGCCCAAGGUGGUAUGGCACUGGGCCAUGCUGUCACUUCUUCCGGUCUGUUGCAGGAUAUCGCUAUGCGUAUCACGGACGGUGUGCAAAAUCUCGAACCGAUUGCUAUUCUGGCGAUUUUCGCUUUCCUGCUCUUGGUGUUCUCCACCUUUGUCUCUCACACCGUCGCCGCCUUGAUUAUUGUCCCCAUUGUUCGCGAAGUCGGAAUGAAAUUACCUGUCCCUCAUCCGAAUUUGCUUGUCAUGGGUGCCGGCCUUGCCUGCUCUGCCGGUAUGGCUCUACCUGUUUCUGGCUAUCCCAAUAUGUCGGCUGUCAUGCUUGAAGGACCCACAGGCAAGCCUUACUUGCGUUCCAAAGAUUUCUUGGUCGCGGGUAUUCCCACCAGUAUUGUAUGUACUGUCCUCAUCUUUACCUUGGGUUACGGUAUUAUGACCGCCGUUGGUUAUUAAGACCAUCCAGCAAAUUUCAACGCAAUCCCCACCUUGUAACGUAGUCUUCACAUUUCUUCCUUUCUUUUUUUCUCUCUCUAUUUCCUGCAUGCCUUCCUUGUAUCCCUUGUUAAUUAUCUGUCUCGUAAUUCCUCUCAUUGCUUCAUAGCUUAUACAUAGUCAUUUCAAAAGGAUAUAUAAAUCAUAUUUACUGCAUAAUUCCAGAUUCAAGAAAGUCUGCAUGUUGUUAAAUGUGGUGAAAUUAGG